AACGCACCGACAGCGUCCUAUAAAUUUUCGUAGGUUUACCUCUCACAGUUCCUAUCCUAAUCCUACCUACGGUUUUGCGCUCUCGGUGUCGGGUCCAUCCUUGCGUUUUCAAAAACUGGCUCCACAAACUGGACGGGCUAAAGAUGAACCGAACCCAACCCGAGGAAGACCCAUUAUCUGAACCGACUCCGGUUCGCUUUUAUCAUCCACCUCUUUCAACCUUCGUAUUGUUUCUCUGUUUCCCUCUUCCUCCGCAUAUCGAAUACUCAGGGAAGGCUGGUUGAACUAAGUUCAAGAACUCAACCAACGGUAAUUGAAGGAUAGUUAGGAGCUAUGACGACUGCAGCUCGACCCACAUGGGCACCUGCAAAGGGUGGUAAUGAACAAGGUGGUACUCGAAUUUUUGGUCCUUCUCAGAAGUACUCUUCCAGGGAUCUUGCCUCUCAUACGAACCUAAAGCCUAGAAAGGAAGGGCAAGACACACAGGAGGAAUUGCAGAAGAGGAAUCUUCGUGAUGAGCUGGAAGAGCGUGAAAGGAGGCAUUUCUCAUCAAAGGAUAAGUCUUACAAUGAUGAUAGAGACCGCAGAAAGAGUAAUCAACUUCUCUUGGAAGGGAUGAAGAGGGACACUGAAGACCGCAUUGUUCCACGUAGUGUGGAUGCUGAUGAUUCUGAUGUGGAAGUUAACAACGAUGAUGAGAGUGGUGAUGAUGAUGACGACGAUGAUGAUGAGGAUGACACAGAAGCUCUUAUGGCUGAGCUUGAACGAAUAAAGAAGGAAAGAGCAGAGGAGAAGCUGCGACAGGAUCAACAACGGGCAGCUGAAGAGCUUAAAGCCAAGGAAGAGCAGCUUCUUCGAGGAAACCCCCUACUUAAUAAUCCAACAUCUUUUAAUGUGAAAAGGAGGUGGGAUGACGAUGUGGUCUUCAAGAACCAGGCUCGAGGAGAAACUAAAACUCCUAAGCGCUUCAUCAAUGACACUAUCAGGAAUGACUUCCACCGAAAAUUCCUGCAGAAAUACAUGAAAUAAUUUGGCUAAUCCUUGGAAGUUGGAAAUUCACUAUGAAGUUGAAAGAUAAUUCUCGAUCUGAAUCAUUGUAUGUAUUCAAGAGUAACAAUCAUCUCUGCUGGUUUGAAUCUGAUGUAUUUCUUACCAGAAAAUUUGGGAAUGAUUUUUUUUUUUUUUUAAUCAAUAUGCUUGUCAACUGUAUAGACAGACGUGAGCAACUGUUAAUGAAAACUUAAACAGUUCUGUCCGCUUAA